AUGAUCAUGAGCUCUUAUUUGAUGGACUCUAACUACAUCGAUCCGAAAUUCCCUCCAUGCGAGGAAUAUUCGCAGAGUAAUUACAUCCCCGAGCCCGGCGCGGAGUUCUACGGGCGCAGGGAGCCGGGCUUCCAGCAGCAGCACGCGGAGAUUUUCGGGGUGCCCCGCGCGGCUUUCCCCGAGCGCCCCUUCGGCUGCGGGGGGCUGCGGGCAGCGGGGGGAGGAGGAGGAGGAGGAGGAGGAGGAGGAGGAGGAGGAGGAGGAGGAGGAGGAGGGAGGCAGCACCUGGCGGAGAAGCCGCAGCUCUGCGAGCCCCCGGGGCCGGCUCCGUGCGGGGAGCCCGAGGGCGAGCCCGGCGCGCCGGGGAAGGCUCCGGUGGUUUAUCCCUGGAUGAAGAAGAUCCACGUCAGCACCGUGAACCCCAACUUCUCGGGGGGCGAGCCCAAGCGCUCCCGCACGGCGUACACGCGGCAGCAGGUGCUGGAGCUGGAGAAGGAGUUCCACUACAACCGCUACCUGACGCGGCGGCGCCGCAUCGAGAUCGCGCACGCCCUGAGCCUCAGCGAGCGCCAGAUCAAGAUCUGGUUCCAGAACCGCCGCAUGAAGUGGAAGAAGGAUCACCGGCUGCCCAACACCAAGAGCCGCGCGGCGCCCGCGCCCGCCGAGCCGCCGCCGCCGCCCGCGGAGCCGCCGCGGCCCGAGGACAUCACCCGCUUGUAA